CAUUGAAUAAAGACAAUGAUAUAUUUAGUGUUAAGUGUAACCUUCUUCUUUAAGCUUCUCUCCUUCUUUGUAUAUCUCUUUCACAUCUCAUUUUCACUCUCUCCAUCUUCAAGAAACAAACAGAGAGAUACGAUGUUUUUCUCCAAGGAUCUUCCAUCACCUACAUCAUUCUUCACAGCUUACGCAUCACUGGCAGGUUACAUGAUGAUGAUACGAUCAAUGGCUCACCAGCUUAUCCCAGGCCCUGUCCAAGAUCUCAUUUACUCAUCUCUCCGGUCUCUCUUCUUCAGCUCUAAUUCAACAACUUUGACUCUAACCAUCGACGACGACAACAUGGGCAUGCACAACGACAUCUACCGAGCCGCUCAGACUUAUCUCUCAACCAAGAUCAGUCCAGACGCAGCCAGGCUCAGAAUCAGCAAAGGCCAUAGAGACAAACAUGCCAACUUGUACCUCAGCGACGGAGAAACCGUCAACGAUGUGUACCAAGACGUCGAGCUGAAAUGGAGGUUUGUCACAGACCGAGGAGACAAGAAAGGCGAUGACGACCGUGGAAGCGAGUACUUCGAGCUGAGUUUCGACAAGAAACACAAAGACUUGAUCUUAAACUCUUACGUCCCUCAUAUAGAGAGUAAAGCUAAAGAGAUUAGAGACGAGAGGAGAAUCUUGAUGCUGCAUUCUCUCAACAGUCUCCGAUGGGAUUCAGUCAUCCUCGAGCAUCCUUCGACUUUCAAAACAAUAGCUAUGGAAGAUGAGCUCAAGCGUGACGUCAUGGAGGAUCUUGAUCGGUUCAUUAGAAGGAAAGAUUAUUACAAGAAAGUUGGGAAAGCUUGGAAGAGGGGUUACUUGUUGUACGGACCACCAGGAACAGGGAAGUCUAGUCUGGUUGCGGCUAUGGCUAAUUACCUCAAGUUUGAUGUCUAUGAUCUUCAGCUAGCGAGUGUGAUGCGUGACUCUGAUCUAAGGAGGCUCUUACUCGCUACACGUAACCGGUCGAUUCUUGUUAUAGAAGAUAUCGAUUGUGCGGUUGAUUUUCCCAACAGGUUGGAGCAACAACAGCCUGGUGAAGGCAAGAACCCUGGCGACUCUCAGCCACCUUUGACGUUAUCAGGGCUGCUGAAUUUCAUAGACGGAUUAUGGUCAAGCUGUGGAGACGAGCAGAUUAUAAUAUUCACGACGAACCAUAAAGAUAAGCUUGACCCGACAUUGCUACGUCCGGGUCGUAUGGACAUGCACAUAUAUAUGGGACAUUGCACUUUUCAAGGAUUCAAGACCUUGGCCUCUAACUACUUGGGCUUGAGCGACACCACAAUGCCACACCGUCUUUACUCGGAGAUCGAGCGUUUGAUGGACGGUGAAGUAAUUACACCGGCACAGGUAGCAGAAGAGCUGAUGAAAAGCGAGGAUGCUGAUGUGGCGCUUGAGGGUUUGGUGAAUGCUUUGGAGGAGAUGAGGUUUAAGUCUGAUGAAUCGAGUCAGGUUAUGAAGAACAAGAAGGAGAGUAGAGUGGAGAUGGAUGAGGAUCAUGAGAAAAGAUUAAGGCGUGAUACCGAGGGUUCUCCCAGGAAGAGCAGCAAAAGAAUCAAGAAACUUGUUCUGUUUUGGACCUAAGACGUGUGCCACAAAAUUCUAUGGUCCAGUAUUAGUUCACAUAAGAUAAUGAGAGAAAUAGGCUUACCAUGAUUUGAGUAGAGAAGGUAAGUAAAUCUGUUUGUCUAUUACAUUUGGAUGGACAAAGUUCAAUUAUGUCGAAAGAAAUUGAUAAAAAAAUUUAAAUGAAAAAACAAUUAUUGGGUGCAAUAAGAGCAACAAUAUGGAUUAAAAGGAGGCUUUUAAAAAAUAAUAAUAAUAGUAAAUAUAAAUAAUUUUUUAGUUUAAAUAAAACAAUUGAAUUAAUUAGUAAGAUAGAGACAAGUGGAACUAGAUGUAUUUAGAGUGACAUGUGAAAUUAAAAGUUUUUAACAGUGCAACAUUAUCGGUGGUGGGGGACGGUUCUUAGGCGUGAGUCCCAUCACUUUUUUGCAAAAAAUGUUCUAAAUUGUCGCUAAAUAAGAAAUGUUUCACAUGAGUUUUUAUACUGUUUGUGUGCUCCACUAACACGUGACGGUCCACGAUUGAUUUAUUUUUUCCUAUUUUUUAGAUAAAGAAAAAAUAAAAUUUAAAAACUCCAAAAACGUUUUUACCGAUAAUCAUGUCCUUAAAGACACUGAUUUUUGAAAAUUUUAUGAUUAAUUGUUAAAAUUCUUUUUAGUGCCCCCACGAUUUUAUGUUGAAACUUUACAUUGCCUAUGGUGAUUCUUUUGGCUGGCUCCACCACUAAGUACUUGAAGAAUACAUGAAAGGUUUCUUGCUAGGAGAAAGGCUUCUAUGUAUGUUAAUGGUGAAAGUAUCAGCUGGACCUGAAAAGCCCCGUGAAGCUGUAGGAGAAGUCACAAGGAAGCACAAAAGAAUAAGCAGCAGAAGCGUCUUCAUCUUGAAUGAAAGACAAUCAAGACAAAGCAGUUUUGAGCGUGUGAGCGAGAGAGUGGUCCAGUUAAGAUAAAUUAUUGUGAUUGUUACUGUUUCGCUCUAUAAUUUCUACAGAGUUGAGAGAAAAUAGAACAAGAUCUCCUACAAUCAUUUUUUCACUGUUCACUA